GAUUUAAAACGCGUUGGCAAACACACACAAGUUUCGGUGCAAAACGGGUAAAACAUAAUCGAAUUAUUGCGAAUCGCAAAACUAUGCUAGGCAUUAGAUAAAUUAUUUAGAUUUAAUUGGGUGUAAGAAGAACACGAGAACACAGAAAUCAAUUUGAAAAGUUCACAAAGGAAUGCUAAAUUCACCGGCCCCAUUCCCAAAUUAAAUGUUCAAUACAUAAAUGUACAAUAUAUAUUCAAGAGACGAGGCGAGCUGUGCGCCAGCAUGGGACCAAUCAGCCGCUAACUAAACACAGAUACAGAUACAGAUAUAGACACAGAUACAGAUACAGAUAACCACAAAAUUCAGAUAGAGAAGUUGGGGAAUAGAGAGCAACAUGGACUAUGCGAAAAUGGAGGCGAGCAUCAUCAAUACGGGCAACAUCAGCACCGAUGACUUCCUGGCGGUGUUCACAGCCAAUGCGACGGCAGCAACAACAACAAUAACACCACUGCUCAACACGGGGAACACCCUAAAUCCGCCCCUGGUCACAGUCGAUGGGCAGGUGCAGCUGCAAAAUCUGUUGGAUCUGCCAGCGCCAGUGAAUGAUACGAUCUAUUUGCUGAAUGGUAGCUUCUACAACAGCAGCCUGCAACUGGCGGGCAGCUAUUACAAUCAGACGACGGCCAAUCUCAGCCUGCUGGGCAACAAUGGCAACGGCAGCAACAGCAAUGCCACCGAGCUGCAUUGGGAUGGACGCUAUCCGAGCGGAUAUACGCUGACGCACAUUGUGAUCGCCUCGAUAAUUGUGACCAUUCUGAUGAUCAUCAUUGUUGUCGGCAAUAUGCUGGUGAUCAUUGCCAUUGCGACGGAGAAAUCACUGAAGAACAUACAGAAUUGGUUCAUUGCCUCGCUGGCCGUUGCCGAUUUCUUUCUGGGACUGAUCAUCAUGCCCUUCUCGCUGGCCAACGAGCUGAUGGGCUAUUGGAUCUUUGGCAGCUGGUGGUGUGACAUACACUCGGCCAUGGAUGUUCUGCUGUGCACCGCAUCCAUAAUGAAUCUGUGCCUCAUCUCGCUGGAUCGAUACUGGAGCAUCACCAAGGCCGUUGACUAUCUCAAGUCGCGGACACCCGCCCGUGCCGCUAUCAUGAUCACAGCCGUGUGGAUAAUGUCGGCACUCAUCUGCAUUCCACCGCUCCUCGGCUGGAAGGUGAAGAUGCCCGAGGGUCCGUUGCCAAAGUGUGAGAUAAGCGAGGACAUUGGUUAUGUGCUCUACUCGGCGCUGGGCUCCUUCUACAUACCCAGCUGCAUCAUGGUCUUUGUGUACAUACGAAUUUACUUUGCUGCCAAGGCGAGGGCAAGACGGGGCAUUAAAAAACAUCCGCGCAAAACAAACAACGAACAAGUAACGAGCUUCACCACCAACAAGAAAGGAACAAUACCGAUGCCAUCCUCCAGUGGCGCAACACAGCUGCAGCUGCAUCAGCAGCGACAGAUAGCCACCAUUGAGACCCCACCAAAUAGUGCGACGCUGCCCAUGCAAAUACCGACAGUCACCAUGGAUCUGGCCUCCGAUAUAUCCACGUCAGAGGCAGGCGAACUGGAGGCCGUCGCCGCCCAAACGGCAUUGGCCUAUGCCAAUCCCAAUUGUAGCUCUAAUGCCACAACCGCCCUAGGUUCAGGUGGUGCCUGCUCGCCCAAGGAAACGCUCCAGGUCAGCACGAUUGCGACGGGACGCGGCGGCGUUGGACUCAAUGUUCCGGUGCCGCCAUCGAUGGGCAGUAGCAAUUCCAUCAAUGUGCUAAACAACAAUAACGGUUGCGUGGCAACAGAUGCCGUUGGUGCCACCAAUAGUGGAGCUGCUGCAGCUGGUGGUGGUGCUACUGGGCCAAGUAACUCCGAGCUGCGCGUCUCACCGAUUGCCGGACGAUGUCGUGCCCUCUCCGUUGGCAUUGAUACGGACAUGGUGAGUGAAUUCGAUCCAUCCAGCUCGGACUCGGGCGUGGUCAGCCGCUGUGCGGUAGUUAAGCCGCUCAAAUUUCGCCUUUGCCAGCCCAUCUUUGGACGCAAGUUGAAUCAGCAGCGACGCAACGAGGCCAAGGCGGCAGCUGUGGCGGCCAAGAACAAUGCAGCCGCCGCGGCCAAAACCAAAGCGGAACUGGUGGCCAAAACCGAACUGGAGCCGGCCAUACCAAAAACGCCAAAGCCACGCGAUCCCGAGAAGGAGAAGCGACGCAUUGCCCGCAAGAAGGAGAAGCGAGCAACGCUGAUAUUGGGUCUAAUCAUGGGUAGCUUCAUUGCGUGCUGGCUGCCGUUCUUCUUUCUGUAUAUAUUGGUGCCGGCAUGUAGCAGUCAUUGCCAGAUUCCCGAGUCGGCGUUCGCGAUUGCCUUUUGGUUGGGCUAUAUGAACUCGGCUCUGAAUCCGGCCAUCUAUACCAUCUUUAACAAGGACUUCCGACGCGCCUUCCGGCGCAUCCUGUUCAAGUGAUGUUUGGCCUACGUGUGCUGUUACAGGUGCGUUUAUGCGAGCAUCGAGAAGGCUACCGAACGUGCUAUGGGCAGCACACCUAUGGGCUAUGGGCAUGGCAUGUAUCAGCAUUACAGGCGCUAGAUUUGCUCUAUAUAUAUAUUAUAUAUAUACAUAUGUGCUUCGAUUUGAAAGUCUUUCGUUAUUCGUCUUUAGUUCAUGUUAAAUGCCUUUUAGUUUUCUCUUCGAAAAGUAACGAACAUUGUAGCUCAUGUCAAAAGCAAUGAACGGCUGUGAAUUUGAUGGAAUCUCCUAGUUUCAAUUUACACGUUUUUAGUUGCGUUUCUAAGGCUGACCUCGAACCACAAACUUGAACCUCAUGCAUACACACAACUACACUCUCUCACACACACACACACACACACACACUUUUCUAGCGCAUAUAAAAUGCCCUCGAGAUGUGCAAACAUGAAUUUCACAAAAGCAAACAUCUUUUAUACACACUCAAUGGCCAUCCAACUUGAUAUUAUUUUACAAAAUUACAUUUUUCACUAAAAACACAAAUUGCAAGUGCAGUUCUAGAAAAACCAAAACAAAAUAAAAAUAACUAAACAGCGGCUAUCCUGCGCACAUCGAAGACUAGAUACGCUUAUAGACUGGAGUCCACAUGCUUAUUUCUAAAUUGCAUUAUAAAUUUAAAAGGCGACAGAUUUUUACUACACUCAACAAAAAUAUCGUCCUAAAUUUUAAAAAUUCGCCUUACUCUUGCGGCAAGCAUAACUCAAAAAGAAUAUUUGUAAAAA